AUGAAGAAGGCCGUCCUAAAAAGCAAAAAAGACAAACAAAUCGGCUUCAACGUCAAGUCAUCUGUGCAUAACUUGAGCAAAACUCAGCAGACCAAACUCACUGUGGGGAACCUGGGCCUAGGCCUGAUCGUCAUCCAGAAUGGGCCCUACCUCCAGAUCACCCACCUCAUCAGGAAGGGGGCUGCGGCCAGGGAUGGAAAACUCAAGCCAGGUGAUGUUCUGAUUAGUGUUGGCCAUGCCAACGUGUUAGGAUAUACUCUUCGAGAAUUUUUAAAACUUUUGCAACAAAUCACCAUAGGAACAGUGCUACAAAUCAAGAUUUACCGAGAUUUUAUUGAGAUACCCCAAGAAUGGCAAGAAAUCUCUGAUUUAAUCCCUGAGACCAAAUUCCCAGUAACACGCCCAACAAAGAAAACUGAGCAGGCAAAAGACAACCCUUUGGCAAGCAGUGAUGACAACGAAGAUGUAGUUUCAGAUAAGAAACUUAAGUAUUAUAAAUAUCCAGGGUCCACUGGGCCUCAGUCUGCAACGAGACCGAUGUCUAUCUCUAGAGAGUGGCAUGGAUAUAAAAAGAAGAACCGUACUAUCAGUGUAGGGAAAGACAUUAACUGUGACGUGAUGAUUCACAGAGACCACAAGAAGGAAGUGAGAGCCCCUUCUCCAUACUGGACAAUGGCGAAGCACGACAAUGAGAGCUCGUCCUCCUCCACAGCCUCCUCCAGCUCGGAUGCAUUCUGGCUGGAAGACUAUGCCCAGGCUGAAAAGUGCAAGGGUCAACCUGUCUCAAAAGUGGCUUAG